AUGGAAAUCAUCACGACUGUGAAGAGUUCUUCCUGUGCGCUAUCUGUACCUCAAGACAAAGUGUUGAAAUACGCAUUGGAUGCAACACCCAUUGCUAUCACAAAACAAUUAAGGUGGACUCGAGGAAGCUUCCAAAAGCACGACGAAUCAACAUCACAAAGCAAUCCGUUUAAGCGCAACGACGAAAUUAAGGAUCCCAAAGAGUUGGCGCACAAGUUGCCAAUCCAAGCGUCUAGGCUCUAG